GCUGCUCUGGUAUCUACUCGUCAUCCUAGCUGGUUUUUGUUUUUUCAACGGAGAAAUCGCGCGGCGUGUGUUUAGUUGUCCUGAUGUAGCUAACCUAAACUUUCUGUGGUACAUACUAGCAAGAAAUAAACGAACACAGCAGGUCUUUUGGAAGAAAAACCCUCAAAAUUUCACAAUGAGUGACGAUGCGGACUCCCCUCCUGAGAGGGAAAUGAAGGAUUUUCAGUUUCGUCAGAUGAAGAAAGUCAGAGUGUUUGACCCCACCUUAGAUUUGCCAAAAGACAGAUCCAGCCUCCUUGCCAUCUCAAAUAAAUAUGGCUUAACUUUUGUGGGGCUUGACAGAACUCUCAAGGUGUACUUAACUCGAGAUAUUCUGGCUGCUGAUAAAGGUGAUGGCAACUCCAACGAAAUAGUCAAAGGAAUACCAGCACUGACUGAAGUGACCGUGGAACUAAUUUUGCACCACGUGGCUCUCAGUUGUGAUGAGCUCACACUGUCCAUGUGUGGCAUGUCUGAGGAAGCUGGCUUGUCGCUCACAUUCUAUGAUGUCCGCACGUUCAUGAACAAGGGAAAACUACAGAAGCUACCAUUUGCAUCGCACCAGCCAGCUGUAGCACCUGACGUCUUAGUGCAGGACCUGAAGUGGAAUCCUGCGCAGGUGUCUGUGUUGGCUGUCUGCCUCUCUGAUGGCACUAUAAUGAUUUUGGAUGUUACUGACAGUGUCAAUGUGCAGGCCAGGCUGCCUUCUUCAAGUGGAAUUACCUGCAUUUGCUGGAGUCCAAAGGGAAAGCAAGUUGCAGCUGGAAAAAUGGAUGGUACAGUCACACAAUAUACACCAGGACUGGAGGAAAAGAAAGUUAUCCCAUGUCCACAGUUCUUCACCCCUGGCGAAACUGUAAAAGCUGUGGAUGUGCUGUGGCUGAAAACCUAUGUGUUUGCAGUAGCAUAUGCUGCUGGAGAUGGCUCACUUGAGACCCCCCCUGAGCUAGUGUUGAUCUCACUCCCUAAGAAGGAUGAGAAAGUGGAGCCAAAGUUUCUGAACUUUGGUGAAUUUGUUUUUGGAAGCUGUACGGAGCGUCAGCACCACUACUUCCUCAGUCACGUAGAGGACUGGGACCUUGUGUUUGCAGCAUCAGCAGCUUCCAUUGAGGUCAGCGUCAUUGCCAGACAAGACGAUAAGAUGUGGGAAGUUUGGCAACUAGAAGAUUCGAGCAGGGCUGAGCUUCGAGUGACUGAAACAAAUGAAGACACUUUGCCCCUUGGCUUAGCUAUAGACUACACCAGCCAGCAGGAAAUCCACAUAACUGAUGAGAAGACCUUGCCCCCAGCGCCCACAAUGCUAAUGCUUUCCACAGAGGGAUUACUUUGUCCAUUUGCUCUACUCAACCUCAAUCCAGGGGUUAAGCAGCUAGUCGUGGCUCCUUCUAACCUGGCCUUGGAAGGGGAAAGACUUCCCAAACCUGAAUUCUUAUCCUUGAAUGAGAUUUCGGUCAUAUCGCACAGCCCUAGAUCCAGGACAUCCAGAGCGUUGAUCGCGCACUUCCAGAAGGAAUUGGAUGACCUUAAGGCACGAAGUGCAAAAGCUGACUUUAAGGUUGGUGCUGAUGAGGAAAUGAAGGAGUUGAGGAAAGAGUCGGAAGACCUCCAUAUUUUCACCCUGGAAAUCAAGGAAACUACAGAGUCACUCCAUGGUGACAUUGGCACACUGAAAACUUCGCUACUGGAAGGCUUUGCUGGGGCAGAAGAAGCCAAGACCCAGAGUGAACUGAGCAAAGACAGAAAUUACAGACAGCUACUUUACAAAAAGCCUCUGGACCCACGCAGUGAGGAACAGCUUAAGGAGAUUCGAAGGCUAUACCAGUAUGUUAUGUUCACUGUGGAGGAUGUUAAUGAUGUCUUGGAUGUGGAAUGGGAGAAACACUUGGAGAAGAAGAAAAAGCAGAAACACAUGGUUGUGCCUGGACGUGAGGGUCUGUUCACUACACUGUCCAACAAUCUGUACAUCAUCAACCAGCAGAAGAACAGACUGGACCAGCUGGUUAAGGAGCUCAAUUCACUACGCCUCUACAGCAAAACAACCACUCCUGCUAGAAGUCCUGUGACAGCAACGACAGCUAGUUUGGAAAAUGACCUUGAGACUUUAAGAGAUGCUCUCCUGAAAACCAGGCUGGACCCUACCCCUUCUAAGACCAAAUCUCCAGCCGUCAAGAUAUCACCAGUUAAACAGUCCCAGCUGCGCAACUUUCUCUCAAAGGGACAGAUGCCUCCUGUCCGCUCAACUGCACCAGCCAACCUAUCUCGUUCAGCCUUCCUUUCACCUAAAUACUACGAGGACUUGGAUGACGCGAGUUCAACAUCUUCCCUGUCCCAGUCCCUGGAGCCUCACCCGCCUCACUUGGAGCAGGAAGAAGAGGAGCUGCAGACACGGCCCCCUCCCAUGUCCUCCAUACCUCCAUCAUUGUCCACCCCCCGCCACCCUACCGUUGUGAGGACCCCCUCUAUCCAGCCGGGCUUCGGAGCCAUCCAGUCCACCCCUUUAUCUAAAAUUCAGUCAGGACAGGGUAUGGGCUUUGGACUCAGCCCUAUUGCCAGCCCCAUUCCAACAAAUAAGAUCAACCUCAGCGGGGCUGAGAGCACGGCUCUCGCCACAAAGACAGUCAAGCAUGGAGCUCCACCAACCGAGAGGACCACACCCAUCACCAUCUCUGCCCAGCAGGCUGCAGCCAAUGCUGCUUUACGAAGACAGAUGGCCAGUCAGUUGGCUGUGAAUUGCUCUAAUAUGCCAGCUGUGAUCAAUACUUCACUGACAGAGUCCACCUUGAAGACUGUUCCUCAGGUGGUCAAUGUUCAGGAGUUCAAGGACAAGGGGACUCCUGUGGUGGUUCCUUCCAACAUCAGCUCCUCGGUACCAGAUCCAGGAUCUCAGGUCUUUGCAACAGUUUCUUCCAGUCAGGCCAAACGGAAUCCUGUCCAGGGUGUCCAAAAAAUGCCUGCAGAGACUACAACCAUCCCACAGAGCAGUUUUGUUUUUGGUCAGCCGUCCAAAACUGAUGCUUCUGUUGCUACUCCUAGCUCAGCUGAGCAAACCAGCAGCAAGGGUUUUUCUUUCAAUUCAGUGUCCUCAAGCUUCAGUUUUGCUUCAGUUACACCAGGAGCUGGAAUGCCACAAGUGAAAGAUGCAAGGAAAUUCUCUUUUGGUGGAAAUGGUAAGAUGGUGUUUGGCCAGGCUGGAGAAGAGUCAUUCUCCUUUACCUCAAAGUCCACCUCCCCUGGUCUUGGCACUGGGUCUCCCACUUUGGCUCCAAACGCAACAGUUGAAGGUGCUAAACCCACCUCGUCCACAGCCACUCUGAGGAUAGAGCCACAGCCUCCAAAGACAGCUGGUGGCGAGACUCUGGGCAUUUUUUCUGGACUAAGGGUGGGCCAAGGAGAAGAAGCUAAAGAUUCCUCCACCAAACCUGCUGUGGCAGGAUUUACAUUUGCGGACACUGGACUUGGCAAGGGCAAGGGAGCGACACAGUUUAGUUUUGGAACAGGUCUUCCAAAAUCUGGAGAAGAUUCUUCAGCACCAGACUUGUCCGAAGGGACCCCGUCAGGCAGUCUGUUUAAGCCUCCUGAAUCAAACCCCAAGCCAACCUUCUCCGUUCCACAGUCUAGCUCAGCCAGCUCAGCUUUCGCCUCAUCUUUCAGUAGUCUUCUUGCAGCUGCACCAGAGACGCAAGAAGAACCAAAAGCUGUUCCUCAGUCUUCAGUACCUGCUUCGCCCCCUAUAAAAGAACCUCCCACCAGUGAACCUGAAGUAGAGAGCACCAGUCGUCCUGUGAUACCUGAACCUCAGCAGCCGUCAUCUGGGAGUCUCUUUGGUUCCAGUUCAGCCAAUACAGCAGUCUCAUCUGGGAGUCUCUUUGGUUCAAGUUCAGCCAAUACAGCAGUCUCAUCUGGUGGUGGAGGAUUUUUCAGCGGCCUAGGAGGCAAACCAAGCGAGGACGCUGCCAACAAGAAUCCAUUUGGCACCACCUCCUCCACUGGAGUGUUUGGACAGUCUGGUCAGACAGGUACCAACAGUCUCUUUGGUAAUAGUGGUGCCAAGACCUUCAGCUUUGGACAGUCCUCCUUUGGGGAGCAGAAACCUACAGGGACCUUCAGCACUAGUGCUGGAAGUGUGGCAUCCCAGGGCUUUGGCUCAUUCUCUACACCAUCAAAACCAGGUGGCUUUGGCAGUGCUCCGGUGUUUGGGAGUCCUCCAUCUUUUGGGGGUUCCCCAGCAUUUGGUGCUGGAGCAUCUUUUGGCUCAAGCCCUUCAUUCAGCAGCCCCAUUGGAUCAUCGGCUGGCAAAGUGUUCGGAGAGGGCACAGCGGCUGCCAACAUGGGAGGAUUUGGGUUUGCCCCACCUCCUAGCACUCCGUCCUUUGGUGCGCUAGCCGGUCAGAGCGCUCCAUCAUUCGGGAGCCUGGCCCAGCAGGGACCUGGGUUUGGAAGUCAGCCCAGCAGCUUUUCAGGUUUUGGACAACAGCCACAGCCAGGAGGAUUCUCUGGAAACACCUUUGGGUCUGCAAACCAAUCAAAUUCUCAAACAUUUUCCAGUUGGAGAAGCUAGUUUUUGUCUUUUAAACCACCUUGAGCUACUGUAGAUGCCACUGCGACAUUUCUUCUUCUUCACUUAAAGCUCUCUGGGCCAUACAUUGGGAGAAGCGCAAGGCUGCAUUGUGUUUGGGUUGGCUGCUCAUAGAGCAGACACAUGUUAUAACUUUUUGUGAUCUUAAUAUUUUCUUGGACACAGUUGAAUCAAGUUUUGACAUGUUUACAAGUAAAGAGUGUAUGGUUGUCUUCAUUGUCACAAUAUACACACAUCAAGGGUUGUUGCCUUACAAGUACAAUUUUUGCACUUUGAAAACAUGACUUAAAAAAACCCCUGAGCUUUACUUUCACUCUUUAACUUUGUAAAGCUGUUAAAACAACAUCCAGUCUACUUUUACGUUGCUGCCAAUGCAGACUUUGACAGAUUAGGUAUGUGUGAAAAAUGCAAAACUUGGAGGUGUGUAUUUAAUAGCAAAAACUGAUUUUAAAUUUUGACUUGUUGAACUAAGACGUUAAAAAAAUAAUUGUUUUUUGUUUUGUUUUCCCCCCCACUAAAUCCAUCCCUCGGAUGUGUAUUUUUACAUGGAAAACUAAGAAUAAACCAAAUAUUUCAA